AUGUACAGUAGUGGAAAUAGCGUCGUGCCCGGGAGUUCCUCUCUGUGCAACGUAAGCGGCAUGCCCAUCUACAUGGGUGGCGUAAAGAUACGAACCUCCCCCGUCUGGAACGGUAGCUACACAAAUAUGAGUGCGAACAAAAUAAGGAAGAAUAUCAACGGGUACUUAAGUCCAGUUAUUCAUUUUUUUGGUCAAAAGAAAUUUCAAGGUGCAGCUAAACGAAUUGGCAAGAAGGAAUAUGUGAGGACUAUGGGGCAACCCAACAGAUUGAAGUUCUUUAAGCAGUACAGGUGCGUGGCGAAUGGGUGGGGGGAGAUGCGGCCAUCGGAGGAACUUCCCUCCUCCGAGCGUAGCGGUAACCAAAAUGGCAACCAAAAUGGCAACCAAAAUGGCAACCAAAAUGGCAACCAAAAUGGCAACCAAAAUGGCAACCAAAAUGGCAACCAAAAUGGCAACCAAAAUGGCAACCAAAAUGGCGAUCAAAAUGGCAAUCAAAAUGGCGAUCAAAGUGGCAAUCAAAAUGGUGGUCGAAGUGAUUAUCUUAACAGCUACCCGAGUUCCGAUUUGCGUUCCAAUUCGAGUGCGAACCCGCCUCCCCCCCCCGGGGAAUCCGAAUGGCAGAUCGUGAACUACAGGAGUCAUCCUCAAGAUACGGACCCGCCGGUAAGUAGCCGUGUGUCGAACAAAACGAAGCUGAACUACAAGGCGGCGGGAUACCUUAUAGUGAUGAGCGAAAUAGAUCAGAACCCAGAAAAUAACGUCAACCCGGAAAUAAACAAAAGGAACAUGAACGUAAAAAUAUUGCUAGGGUAUGAUCCUCUGAAGAAGCAACAGAAGAAGGCGUUGUUAGAAAGGGAUGGGAGUUCACAAAUGAAGGGUGAACUAUGCAUCCCGGGGGGAAAGAGAGACCUAGGGGAGAACAACCCCGUGGUGACUGCCUAUAGGGAAUUCAGCGAAGAGACUCUUUAUCUGUACAACAUGUUUGUUUCUUACUUUAGCCACUUGCACUACGUUAUGAAGGGUAUCAGCCCGGAGGGGGAAGCAACAAAAUAUGGCGUGACAAUUCCUCCGGGUGAGAUUUCCCAAACGGAGGGUGAUCCUUACGAGGUGUUCCUACAAAGGAACUUCCUAAGUGAUGUAACACAAAUGAGCAUCGAAGAAAAGAAAAAUGCAAUAAAUAUUCACAUCAAUAACUUCAUGCUAUAUUUUAAGGAGGCGUGUCUAAAUAUUAAGGAGAACCACGAGAUCAUGUACAGGUGUUCAUACCCGCCGGCGUACUAUCAAAAGAAGAAUGCCAUGUUGGAGAAGAUUCACAAGGAGAUAAGUUUAUUUUCCUCGAUAGAGGAUGAUGAGAUUAAUAAUUUUAAGCUCUACUAUCCAAAAGGAAAAUACUGCCUUUUUUUUUACAACGCAAUUCAACACGACUGUAAAAAUAUGCUUGACUAUUUGAGGAAUUAUUUCUGGCACAACUACAUAACCUUCUUUAAUAUACUCCUCAGUGAAAAUAUGAACUUCUUAAUUAGUUGCAGAGAGAAGAGUAAAAUGGAUUAUGAAACGUAUGUAUUUGAUUCCAACGAAAUAAAAAAAAAAAUUGAUCCAGAUUUUUAUUACAAUUUAAUGAACGUAAAAAAUUUGAUUCCAUCAAAAUAUAAGAAAAGUACAAGGGAUACUUUUUAUGAACAAGAAAUAUCCAGCCAAAAUGGAGAAAAGGAAAUACAAAUAGACACUGGCUAUAUGAAUGAUAUAAUAUGGCUAGAGCUUUCUGAUUUGCUUCUGUACUUCCUGAGAAACUGCAACAAUGUGGGGGUUAUUGUUCUUCACUUGUGGGAUUUGUUUGAUGAGAUAAUGCAAAAGAGAAGUUAUGUGGUUUGUUCUCACGGAGAUGGACACCACAGAGAGGACUACAAAAAUGGAGAAUCCCAGUCGCAGUUCAUUCUAGUCGGUAAAGGUUCUCUAAAACUGCACACAUCAAUUGUCGAGAAGGUAUGGCACUUGUACAAGGAUAUACACAGUAGACUACGCAUGCUAAUCCAGCACAAGAAGUACGAUGCCUUUUGGGCUCUGUUCUUUUCUCCUUUCUGCACAAAAUUGAAUGAACAUAAUGUGGGUACCUUGAACGAGACCUGCAACGCUCCCUAUAGAAAAUUUAUAAAAUGUUUGGCCACCUGUCGUGAAUUCUGGGUGUUCCUCUUUCUCAACUUAGUUGGAAGCAUUCCGGAGGGUUAG